GCUUCCCAUGCCCGGUUCGUCCCUGGGACCCGCACGCCGGACACCGAGGAGGAGCCACCGGGAUCCCGCCCGGGCAAAGUCGGGAUACGGGCCGCGCGCGCGGGCGGCGGGAGAGAGGUGGCGAUGGCGCGGGGACCGCUGGCUCACAGGCACUCGCAACCCGCGGCGCAGCAGCCCGGCCGGCACACGCACACGCGCACGCCGCACGUGCCCCCGCUGCAGGCUCGGGGUCCGGCUCGAGGUCCGGACGCUGGCCACCGGCGUGCUGCUGGCGUUGGUGCUGUCGCCGGGCCGGGGGGGCGCCCUGAGGAGCAGCCGGCGGCCGGCGCGGGGCUGCGCGGACCGGCCCGAGGAGCUCCUGGAGCAGCUGUACGGGCGGCUGGCGGCCGGCGUGCUCGGCGCCUUCCAGCACACGCUGCAGCUGGGCCCGCGUGAGCAGGCGCGCAAUGCCAGCUGCCCGGGGGGCCGGCCCGACCGCCGCUUCCGGCCGCCCACCCCGCUCCGCAGCGUGUCGCCCUGGGCCUACAGGCUGUCCUACGACCCCACCCGCUACCCUCGGCUCCUGCCGGAGGCCUACUGCCUGUGCCGAGGCUGCCUGACCGGGCCGCGCGGGGAGGAGGACCUCAGCCUCCGCAGUGCACCCGUGUUGCUGCCCACGGUCGUGCUGCGCCGCACUGCGGGCUGUGCGGGGGGCCGCUCCGUCUACGCGGAGGAGUACGUGGCGGUGCCCGUGGGCUGCACCUGCGUCCCCGCGCCCGACCACGACGCGCCAGCUGCCGCCGGAACGGACCGCGGCGGAAGAGAGCGGAACCAGGACCCCGGUCACGAGGAGUGGGACAGGGACCUACGCAGGCCUUUCCGUUCAGGAGGACAGUGACCUGGGCAGGUCUUUCUGCCCGGGCCCCGCCGGGGAACCUCUCCGUUGUUAGGGCUUCUAUUCUAGGCGGAGUCCGCGCCCAGCUGAUGGGACUGAAAGGAGUUGGCUUAGUGUAGGGACCGGCCUCUGGGACGGGGCGGGCCACCACCGCCCCUGAGGCUGCGGACCCCGCCCCGCACAGCUCAGUAUGUCGGGUGGCACCGCUGCUAGGACCAGCAGGCCACAGCCUCUACACGUAGGUGAUAGACGCGUUUUAAACUAUCUUUUUAUGAGCACAUAUAGCUACUUAUUUUCAAUAAGGGCAGGAACUAUUUUUAUAUUAGUGAUUUUGAAUAUUAAAAAUUUUUCUUGUUUUAUAGACCAUGUUUUCCCUUCUGCUGGCGUGUAGAAGCACAGUUGGAAUCCUCAGAUAAACCUUACCGGGUGCUGUGUCCCAAGUCUCUGCAGCCAGCCUGUCCUCAUUGCUGGCACAACCAGAUGGACAGGGUUGAACCCGACAUGCCCAGCUGUCCGUCUCCAGGAGCUGCUACAGGGAUGAAAGGGAAGUGUAAUAGGCCCAGGGUACCCCAGAGCCAUCCCAGAAAUCCUAAACUUCGGUUUAUUUACUAGCACAUCAAUGGCUGCAGGUUUCCUGAUUUAAAAUCUUUUUUUUUUCCUUCACUUUUCAAAGUCAGUGGGCCAAUUUGUAGGUAAGAGGUAAUGAGAUAAAGGCCACGGGGAACGUGACAUCCUUGCCAACUCUCAAGAACUUACUUGGCUGUUUGAAGGGCUUCUGGUACUAGUCACAUAUGAGGUGGAAAUGAGCUAACUUACAAUUUCAAGAAAGCAGUAUUGAGCCUCUCUUUCUAUAUGUUGCAUUGUGAACUAAAUCCUUACUUCUUUAGCCUGGAAGUCUGUCCCUGAACAUAAUGAUUUGUAAAACUAAGAGGUACUUUUUAAAUCUUUUAAACAGUUGCUGGUGAAGGUAUAUUGCUUGUGUGUAUUUCUUUCUCACGGGCUCAACUGAGUUUUAGAGGAAACAAUAUGUUUAUUAAAGUCUUUGUCUUAAUUUUAUGGUGGAAGUUUAAGAUUAAAUCAAGUAGUAACAGAAA